CUCCAGUGGAACUUGGAACCAUCUCCAGUGGAACUAUUGGAACUUCACCAUCAGUGUCUCAUUCUGUUACCAUUACAGUGCCUUAUAGAUACAUUACAAUACAGUAACUACUGAGAUCAUCGCUGUCAGUGACUUGUCUCUUGUACUUCACCUGGCAUUGCACAAGUGACUUCAGCCACUUUGGAGACUUUGUUUUCACUAAGAGUAACUUACCUAAGGUUUUCACGAUGCCAAGGUCAGAGGAAUGGUCCCAGAAAGCUUGGAAGUGGCAGAAAGAAAUACUGCAAAAUCUAAAAUGGUCAGAUGAGCGGGGUGUUUUUUACACUCUAGAGGAAUUGAUGGCAUUUGGCAUGGAAUGGCCGAAAAUGAUCAUGCCAAAAGAAGGGUGGUUGGGAGACGGAGAAAGUGCUUCAUUCUCUGCUGGCCAAGCGUUAGUUGGGCUUGGUGUGCGAAAUUUCAAGCGUAUUGCAGCAUGUCCAUGGGAGGACUGUUUCAACACUUCGAUUGCGGAAAUAGUAAAGAAAGCCACGCCAAGGUACAUAAUUCCUCUGACAACGAUGGGAGAAUUGCGACAUGCGAGUCGCGUCAAGAUUUUGCGCAUUCAAAGUGAGGAACAAGUCUACACCACAAUGGAAGAUCUGUGGAAGUUCCACCCGAGAUAUGCAAUGCCUGAUAAAACCUUUACUGCGGGGAAUGAAAUAGUGAAGAGUGGAGAAACAAUCGAAUUGAGGAGUCCUGAAAAUGGCUGCAUAACCUGCUAUUUGAAAGCGAUUGAUAAAACUGUUCCAGUCCCAAUGACGCAAAGAGGAGACUUCACCAUCGUUGAAGAUGGGACGUCUUACACAUUACAGCAGGUUUAUGAUAAUUUCAACCUUCCGCAGCGUGUGAGUUUUGAGCGCUAUUCAGCCGGGAUGUACGGAACAGAUGUCCUGCUGAUUUCUGAAACACGAUAUGAUGUCCUUAUUGCAUGUGUUACCGCCGGUCUCUACGUUGAGGACAAAGAAGAGGAGCGAACAGAACCCUGGGGGACCAGAGACGAAGAUUUCGCCGACGUCAGCUUUAUCUUCUUGCCCAGACCUAUCAGUGAGGAAAGCCCUCUCGCUGACACGAAAUUCCUCACGUGGCUGUAUGACCCAAACGACCCAACAUGUCAAGUUAUCAUGUCGCGGGCCAGUGUGUUUGAAUUGGACCGGUUUAAGGAUAUGAAUGUGGCGAUAAACGCUAAUUCUGCGUCUAUCCCAGCUGUCAUGGAAUACAGUUCUAUAAAGAUUUAUGACUAUAUCAAGGUACAUGACUUUACUGGAGACAAUUCGGUAUCGCCCCCCAGGGGCAGUUCAACAGCAGCGCCUGCAGUAUCAGUUGGGUCACCCUCAACAUCUUGGCUACAUUCAGGUGGUGCCACAAAGGUCACAGACCCCUUCAGUGAGGAGCCAAACCGCAGGCCUAAACCCGAACCUUUGUACAAAAUGUUCAAACAUGGACUACAAAAGAUCAAGUCCCCCGUGCUAACAUUGAAGCGCAAUAAAGGUGUAUCCGAUGCAAGCAGUGACAAGCCAGAAGAGCCACAGGAAGUUUUCCAUAACAUUCCACGAGUAGAUUAUUCCAAUAUUAAGACCCAAGACCGACGCCCAAGAAAGGGGUCACUCCCUCUAUUGCUAAAUGACGGAUCUGACCGCUCAGAAGAUGAUGGGGUCCAGGCGACAUAUAGGAAAAUUCGGGCCGAAAACAAAUCUAUGGAGAGGGGCAGACUACCACUGCCAGGAGAAGUAAAGAAGAGAGAUCAACAAACUGUUCAGCCUUUUCCUUUAUCAAAACUUCCACCAGAAAACAUGUAUGACCAGAAGACGAGAAAGAAGGAAAAAGAUGUCAUUGCAAAACUUGGUCCCUUCAGUGAGGAAACAGCCAUCAAGCCAAAACCAGAAUCUUCGUACAAAAUGUUCAAACAUAGGCUACAAAAGAUCAAGUCCCCCUUGCCAAAAUUGAAGCGCAAUAAAGGUGUAUCCUCUGCAAGCAGUGACAAGCCAGAAGAGCCAGAAGAAGUUUUCCAUAACAUUCCACGAGUAGAUUAUUCCAAUAUGAAGACCCAAGCCCGACGCCCAAGAAAGGGGUCACUCCCUCUAUUGCUAAAUGACGGAUCUGACCGCUCAGAAGAUGAUGGGGUCCAGGCGACAUAUAGGAAAAUUCGGGUCGAAAACAAAUCUAUGGAGAGGGGCAGACUACCACUGCCAGGAGAAGUAAAGAAGAGAGAUCAACAAACUGUUCAGCCUUUUCCUUUAUCAAAACUUCCACCAGAAAACAUGUAUGACCAGAAGACGAGAAAGAAGGAAAAAGAUGUCAUUGCAAAACAUGGGCCAAGACCAUCUCUCCCUCCUAAACCAGUUCGAGUGCAUAAUGCGGUCCAAGGUCAAAGAUCUGUAGUCCAAGGUCAAGUUGCUGUAAUUAAAGGUCAAAUUGCAGUGGGUCAAGGCCAAUCAGUCAAGGCCAAUCAACUUCGACCCUAG